AUGGAUGACGAUCCUCCAGAGGCCGGCUGGCAGAGUGAUGAUAUGAUUGUAACUCGUAAGGUAGCCAAGCAUGGCUUGCUAAGGUCUCUCGCCCCAACAACGGACGUCCGAUGUGUAACCCAGAUGAAACUGGCCCUCCUCCACGCUGCCCAGGGCCGGGUAGCCCAAAAGGGUAAUUGGAGUCGUAAGACUUUGAGGGCAACGAAGGAUCCUGGAUAUGGGCCACCCCCGUUGGUUCGUGAAAGUACCCAAGCUGAUGAUCGGGUCGGUCCUGAUUGCUGGGAUCGAGGCAAGACUGGACUCAGUGCAUUUGAGGGCACUUUGAGGGCAAAACAGAAAAAGAAAAACACUCCCGAGAGGCGCAGAUUGGCUGCUGCGAUGUGGGCAGCUGCAUCUCCCGGAGCAGCCAUGGCACUGAGUGGGGGUAUCCCUGAAUCGCAGGAAGCUUGUCCCAGCACUCAAGGCUCGCGAGGCGUUUGGUUGUCCCCUCCUCAGCGACCGUGGAUGGCUGGAGGUGCAGGUGGGGAGUUAGCCCGGUCGGUGGUCUCCGCUUGCGAUCGCUACCAUGGUUAG